AUGGCUCCCAAGGCCGCCGCACAGGCGGCGCGCAGCACUCCGCCUCCUGAGGCUCCUGAGGAGCCGGUGGACGAUUAUGACAUGCCGGUGAUCGUCAAAGUGCGGCCCGAUGACCAACUGGAUUUGAGCCCAGAGGAACUGGAGAAGGAAGUUCCGCCUCGAGUCCUGUAUCCGCUGAAUCCUAGGGCUCCGCGCAACACCACCCAGUUCUCCUUCAAGGAGAAGUGCUUCAAGACGGAUGAACAGGUGGACCAACUUGUCAUGCACUUCAGCAUGGAUGGCGGCAUCCUGCUAAAAGACAGUCCUGAAGCUCAAGAUCAAGAUGAGGUUCUCGACAAGAAGCAGCAAGAGCAAACCGAAAGGGAGAGCCAAGAGGCAAUUGAUGAAGAUUUUGACCCGCCAGAGAACGAGAAGGAAAUCCCGCAGAAGAACCCAUUGCGCAAUCAGUUCAACUUCAGCGAGAGAGCUGCGCAGACCAAAACCCAUUUGUUACGAGAGCGCUCCUGGACGACUCAGCCGCCGCCCACGACUCGAAACCACGGUACGGUUACGCAGUGGGAGAUCUUCGAUAAGUACAUGGCAGACAUUGAGAUUGUCAAGGAAAAGGAGAAAGAAGAGAAAUCAAAGUCGAAGCUCUCAUAUGAUGAUCUUUCCGACCAAAAGAAGAAAAAGGGUGACACGGAUCCCACAUAUUCCGAAAACAUGAAGCUUUCAAUCAAGAUCAUGGAGCGCAUGGUCAACCAGAACGCAGAAAACGAAGUCUACCACGAUUUCAAAUUCUGGGAGGAUAGAAGCGAUGAGUUUCGUGACGGAGAAGGGACACUAUUGCCUCUCUGGCGCUUUUCAUCUGAGAAGGCCAAGAAGAAGCAGGUCACAUGUAUCAAGUGGAAUCCUCGAUACAAUGACCUCUGUGCUGUUGGCUUUGGUUCCUAUGACUUCAUGCGUCAGGGCACUGGUGUUAUCUGUUGCUACUCCUUGAAGAACACCCGCUUCCCUGAAUAUGUGUUCAACACCGACGCCGGUGUCUGCUGCCUGGACUGGCAUCCCGUUCAUCCAGCAGUUUUGGCUGUGGGACUCUAUGAUGGCACAGUGCUGGUCUAUGACGUCCGGGCAAAGACCAAGAAGCCAAUCUACCAAAGCACUGUUCGAACCAACAAGCACACGGACCCAGUGUGGGAAGUUCGAUGGAAUGAUGAUGAAUCUACUGGAGCCAUGAACUUCUAUUCCAUCUCCUCAGACGGGCGAGUCUCAAACUGGUUCCUGCUGAAGAACAAGUUGGAGAGCGAAGAGGUCAUGGAGCUAAAGCUGAUAACUGCAGCUGCAGGUGAGGACGAGACAACCUUGGCAGGUCUGGCGGGAGGCCUCUGCUUUGAUUUCCGCGGUGGUAAGGAGAACCACCUUUUCUUAGUCGGCACAGAAGAAGGACGCAUUCACAAGUGCUCCAAAGCCUUCAGUGGCCAGUACCUCGAGACUUAUGAAGGUCACACCAUGGCGGUGUAUACAGUGCGCUGGAACCCCUUUCAUGACAAGAUCUUCUUGUCUGGUUCGGCUGACUGGACGGUAAAGCUGUGGAAUCAUGACAGCCGGCAGCCAAUCCUGUCCUUCGACUUGGCACAGGCAAUCGGGGAUGUGGCCUGGGCUCCGUAUUCAUCUACCACUUUUGCAGCCAUUACCUCUGAAGGUGCAGGUGGCUCAACUAGUGGAGUGGUUCACAUCUAUGACCUGGAUGUGGACCGAAACAACCGCGUUUGCGAGCAAAAGGUAGUGAAGCGUGCAAAGCUAACGCAUGUUGCAUUCAGCUCCAGUGAGCCCAUCAUUAUCGUUGGCGACGAUCGCGGAGGUGUGAACACCUUGAAGCUGUCUCCUAACUUGAGACUUGGGGUUGUGCGGACGGAAGAUACAGAUCCAAACCUGACCGACUGGGACCUUCAGAUCCAGAAGAUGGAGCACUUGAUGGAGAUGGUCACAGAGACCAAGAUAGGUGUGGCAGAGGGGACCAUGGCGCUGCUUGAGCAGGAGAUCGUUGUCAGUCACAGCAUGGGCAGAUUUGCAGGGCAUGUCAACCAGCGCCGCGGCGACGGAAGCGGCCACCCUCCUGAAAAGAUUGAGGCUUGUGCUGGUGGGUCUGGUGGUGAGCAGCGUCGCUUGGCGUUAGGCUGUGCGCUGGCGGGUGAGGGUGAAGCAAGGCGAUCUAAAGCACUGCUGGCUGAUGAGCCGACAACCGGUCUGGACACCUUCCAGGCUGCUGACAUGGUCCAGCUUCUUGGGGAGUUGGGAAAAGCCCGUAGCUGCGCCACCAUUCUGACCAUCCAUCAACCAAGAUCCUCCGUAUGGAGCAUGAUAGAGGACGUGCUGCUUCUUGCGCCAGGAGGUCGGCCAAUCUUCUGCGGCUCCACUGAGCAGGCCCUCCAUCAUCUCGAAGGACUCGGGCACAAGUGCCCUCGUGAAAGGGUGAACCCCGCAGACUUCCUCAUAGAUUUGAUCUCCGUGCACAGUAGUGGGCCAGAAGCAGAAGCUGACAAACAGCGAAUAGCAAGGUUGGCUGAUGCUAUGGUUGAUACUGUGCCAGCAGUCGAAGGCAAGCGCGACUGUCAUGAGAUUUCGCGCCUUGCUGGUUUUGCCGGUUUUUGGCUUCUUUUGCGAAGAGCCUGGCUUCAGACUUCACGCGACAAGGCCACAAACCUCUCCCGCUUGCUGUCCACAGCGGGACUGGGUCUGAUCUUCGGCGCGCAGUUUGGUUACUUCGGGACGGAGAUGACGGCUGUUGGUGUCACCUCGCGUGUUGGAUUGAUCUCGUUUGGUACGAUCUCCAUGGCAUUCGUCGGUGAGAUGCGAGCUUUGGACCAGUUUGCCAAGGAAAAGAAGGUUGUUGGCCGAGAGCGCGCAGCUGGCUACUACAGUGGUUUGACCUACCUCUGUGCCAAAGCAGUUGCGGAGUUGCCCUCAGAUGCCCUGUUUGCCUGCUUGUUUGCUUUGAUGGUGCACCUGCGCUGUGGUCUCCGAACACCUUUGACUACUCUGGCAGCUGUGUAUUCCCUUGUGGCACUGGCAUGUUCAGCUCUUGGGCUUGCAAUAGGUGCUGCCAUUACAAAUGGCGAGCGAGCAAUGACAGCUGGUAUUCCGGUCAUGACGGUGCAUAUGCUGACUGGGGUGAUCGACCCAGCCGGUGACGCAGCCGCUUCGCCUAGCGCGACAAUGGUCGCUUUGCGAAGCAUAUCACCCAUCCGGUACGCCAUUGAGGCACUUUGCACCCAAGAGUUCACGGGAGCGGUGCUGGCGCCAAAUCCGCAAGAGGUCACGAUGGAAGAUCUGGAGAGGCGCCUGGCUGCCCUUGAGAAGUCCUUGGAGACAGACGGUGAAGGUGGCAUUCUUCCAGCACGCAAGACAGGGGGUGAUGCUCAGAUCAUGAAGAAGGUGGCCACAAGAUUACAGGACUUUGAAUCGCAGAUCACGGCGCAGCUGGCAAACCUGCAGACAGACUUUGACAAAAAGCUUUCGCAUGUGAAUCGGGGGGCUGCGGCUACAAAGCCCGUUGAUGGUGCCGGUGGAGCAGCUGGCCUCGACACCAUGGCCGAGGACCUGGACCAGCUGAAAUAUGAUGUCGGAGAGCUGAAAGAUUUGCUCGGCAACAACAAAGGCGAGGUGAACCACAUCCGCCGCAUCGUGCUGGCCUGUGAACGCGACAUGGAGGAUUUCACUGCGGCGAUGGACGCCGUCAACGUGGACCUUGACGAGAUGCGCGCACAAGUCGAUGCCACGCACUCCAUCAUCACAAGCCGACAGCGUGUGGAGGCGACGAUGACAGCUGAGAUUUCCACCAUGCGCCUUGACAUCGGCGACAUUCAAGAAGCGUUGAAAAAUCAUGACUCGUGGAUGGAGGAUGUGUCCAACACUCUCCAGCAGAUGCAAGAGAAGGAGGAGAACCUGACUGAGGAUAUCAUCAACCUUAAGAAUGAAAUGAACACCAAGCUGGACACCAAGGUGGACAAUGUUGCCUGGAAGGAAGCCAACGAUGACUUGGAUGCUGCUAUCAAGACUGUGCGUGACAUGGUCUCCUCCCUUCGCCUGGACGUGGACGCCCGCCGCCGGAAGGUGGAUGAAAUCUUGGCAACCAUCAGGCACGACAUCACAGCGGUGGAAACCAAUUUGGAGGAGUGCAAGGCCAAGAUCACAAGUGAUACAGACCAGGCGGUGAAUGCCCUCAACGGUCGCAUUGAUUUCACCAACAAAGACCUGGCGGCAACGCAAGAGAGUCUCCACACGACGCAGAAUUCACUCAGCGACUGUUUCAACGAGGUGGCAGUCGUAAGGAGUGACUUGGAACGGAACGUGGCAGACACAGAAGCGCGCUUAAAGAACGACAUUCGCCAGAAGCAGCAAGAGGCCUAUGACAAAAUCAACGGUGUGGAGCAACAGGCGGAGCUCCGCAGCGCAGAGGCCUCCCGUCGUUUGGGGGCCCUGGACCUCCGCAUGAGCGGGGUGCAGGGAGGUCUUGGGGAGCACAAGCGCGACAUCUUGAAGCUACGCGAGGAAGUUAAUGGGCUGACUGUGAAGAGCGCGUCGCAUGAAGUGGAUAUCCAGAAGAACUGCGAUUCGGUUCGCAAGAUGGAGAAGCAGCGCAACAUGGACGAGCAGAACUGGAAAGCCCAGAUGGAUGCAGUGCACGAUGUACUGGACACGAAGGUGAACGAGAAGCCCUUCGAAGACCUGAAGCACUGCACGGCUGCGCUGACACGCGGUGUUGUCAAGUUUGCACAGGUGGUUGGCGUCUUCCCUGGCCCCAAGUUUGAUGACGCGGAGGGUGCUGAUCAGGGUGAAGCCGAUGUUGAGCUGCUGGGUUGGGAGGAGUGUGCGGAGAACAUGUCCUUCCGCGUUGAUAAAGCAUGGCGCCAACGCUGCUCCCAGCGUUUCCGCAACAUCUUGGAUAUGGUUGCAAAGAAGGCUGACCACAGCGUUCUUCGUCUUCUGCAGAUCUCGCAGCAGCACAUUGAGUCGCAGCUUGAGCGUGUGAAGCAUGAGCGCGAGCUGUGGAAGGAAGUGGUGGAGCGUCGACAGCAGCAGCCCUUGCAGCUGGCCCUAUCUAUGAAGGAGCAACCUCAAGGUGGAGCAUCGUAA